CCACUACUAUUUUACAAAAGUUUUAAGGGAAUCUCAACAAAAUUCAACCAUUCAGACCAUUCAGUUCAUAUUAUAGCUAUAUAGCUGGUUUUUUCAACUUUCCACUACUUGGAUAAAUUCAACCCCCCACCCAAAAACAAAAAAAAAAAAAGCCGUAGUAAGACGACCGAGUAAAUAUAUAAAUCAUGUUCAAGGAUAUUCAGAGCUAAGCAGCAGCACAGAGAGAGAGAGAGAGAGAGAGAGAGAGAGAGAGAGAGGUAGAUGGGGAACAGUAUAGGAGGGAGGAAGAAAGCUAAGGUGAUGAAGAUCAAUGGGGAAACCUUGAAGUUGAAGACCCCCGUGAGAGCUUGGGACGUUGUAAAGGACUACCCUGGUCACGUAUUAUUGGAGUCUGACGCCGUUAAGCGUCAUGGCAUCCGAGCCAAGCCAUUGGAGCCGCAGCAAGAGCUCAAGCCCAAGAAAAUAUACUUCUUAAUCCAACUGCCGAAGUUGCCGGAGGAAAAGCUGCCUAUGCGGUCGCAAUCUGGUGGUAUGCACAUGAGCGCCAAGGAUAGGCUCGAAUGCUUGAUGCUAUCCCGAAGAACGGUUUCUGACCUUUCAAUUGGUAGACCGUCAUCGGGGCCCGUGUUCGGCCGUCCCGGGACCAGUAGUACUGCUACCGGCCAAUUGACGGUGAAAGUGAGGUUGCCAAGUGCUCAAGUGGCCAAAUUGAUGGCUGAAAGCAAAGAUGAGGCGGAGGUGGCCGACAAGAUCUUAGAUCUUUAUAGGCACCAUGCCGGAGAGGUUAACGGGGAUGCGCCGGAGGGAAAAGAGCAUCAUGGCGUGUUGAUGCACCGGGAAGCGCCAUGGAAACCGGCUCUUGGUAGCAUUGGGGAGAAAAACACGGCACAUAAGAAGCGAGUGAGUUUCGUUCCGGUGGAAGAGGCGGAAGCUAGAGAGAUUUGUCUAGCUAGUUAAAUAGCAGUCGACUUUGUCAAAAUAUUGGGUAGAAGAAAACAGCAGUUCAACGACUAGCUUCGACCUCUUUGUCCAUGUCCUUUUGUAUAUAUACAUUCUAUUGUCAAUUGUUUUUUUCUGAGGUCCUAGAGAAUAUCGGCCGGUAUAACUAGUUCUUAUUGUUAGAACUAAUAAUAUUCUAGGAAAGAGUUGAGAAUGAGAAAGAGACAUAGAAUUAAGGUGGUUUAGCCUAUCGUCUACAUCUAUAUGCAUGUCAAAACCUUUUUGUUGGCAGGCUACAUCUUUCCUUAAUUUAUUUGAAUAUUGUAUACAAGACUCUAUUUAUAGAGAAAUGGUCUGAACGUUAAAAGUCUUUUCUACUUCUAUAUAUAAAUCUAAUUUAUCA